UUCAAACCAUUUCAAACUCAAAUGUGAACUCAAACAUGGUGGGAUUUGUAUUUAGUUGAUGUGAUGUCAGUUGAUGUUCAACAUGUUCAAGAACUAAACAAUUAACAAUUAAUAAAUGAUUUAAAAACUUAUUUUGUUAUGGCAAAUCAUUACGAAGUUCCCAAUUGGGCUGGUAAGCCACCAGUUGGCUUACAUUUGGAUGUUUUGAAAGGCGAUAAACUAAUUCAGAAAUUAAUGAUUGAUGAAAAGAAAUGUUAUUUAUUUGGACGAAAUUCACAAAUGAAUGAUUUUUGCAUUGAUCAUGCAUCCUGUUCUAGAGUGCAUGCAGCAUUCGUAUGGCACAAGCAUUUAAAUAGAGCUUUUUUAGUAGAUUUAGGAAGCACCCAUGGAACAUUUAUUGGCAGUUUACGUAUAGAAGGAUAUAAACCUACACAAUUACCUAUUGAUUCUAGUUUCCAUUUUGGUGCUUCUACAAGAAAUUAUAUUAUUAGAGAAAGGCCUCAGACAGGGAUUCGACCCAUAAUUGAUGAAAUUGAAAAAGCAGGUGAAGAAACUGAAGGAGGUCUAUUAGGUUUGCCAGAAACUGAAACUGAAUUGGAUAACCUUACAGAAUUCAAUACAGCGCAUAAUAGAAGAAUUUCAAUGUUGGGCAUAAGUGAUGAUGUAGAUAAAAGAAGUAAAAGUAGGAAAAGAAAAAGACACUCGGUUUCCUUUAAUGAAGAUGAAGAAAUUAUAAAUCCAGAAGAUAUUGACCCAAGCAUUGGAAGAUUUAGAAAUCUAAUUCAAACCACCAUUGUUCCAAGUUCAAAUAAGAGAGUUAAAUUUGGAGAAAGUCUUGGUGUUCCACACAGUAUGCAAGAGUUUAAAGUCCCUAAAGUUUUACAUCACCCACAGCAUGAUUUAUAUAAUGAUUUGCCUCCAGAAACGCAAUCGAGUGUGGGCAAUAUGGGUAUUUAUAGUUCACUCAGUACAAGGUUAGGCAUGGUGUUACCUAAUCCUGCACCUGAGGUCGAUAUGGGUCUUCCACAUCCAUCUUUUAUACCGCAACAAGCUCAAGCAGCAGAUUCUUUAGAACCAAAAAAGAAAAAAUAUGCCAAAGAAGCUUGGCCAGGAAAAAAGGCUGUACAGACAUUAUUGGUUUAAUAUAUCAUUUAUGGUGAGCAUGUUGAUUUUAUUUUGAGACACAUAAGUUUACAUAGAGUACUUAUUUUAUAUUGAAUCUAUAUCACUUUUUUUGUGGUAGGUUUUUCUCAUAGGUUUUUCUCUAUGAUAGCAUAUAAAGUAUUUUUCUCCUAACAGUCUUUUGAAGAGAUCGAUAGAUAAUCCUCUUACUAAUAUUAGUAGAUCAUGAUACUUUUUAUGUCAUUAUUUAUUUUAUUACCUUCAAUACAAGGUGUUCUGUUAGCUCUCUGGAACAGAGUUUACUAGUAUCACUAGAACCUAUUAUUACACUACAUUGAUACACAUUAUUAUCGCUCUGGAUUCACAUUUUUCUAUGUUAAUAUUUCUUGAACAAUUUGAUAUAUAUUUUCAGAAGGUCCCUCAGAUGAUAAUAGUGUUUUCAUGUAGUUGAUUAAGUGUAUAAGUUUCUGUUGUAUCACCAAUGGUUCCAACAUAAAAGUAGAUUUUUAUGUAGUCUUACGAGUAUAAUUAUUUAGAUUUUCCUUAAUUAAAGUUGAUAAAU